AUGAACCAACGCCACCAUCACCCGCCGCUUAACUCCUCCAUAACUCCAUCCUCUACGGCGCCGCCAGAUUCACCUCCGCAACACAUCACCAAUCGCAAACACACUGUCAGGGAGAGGAGUGAGGUGGAAUCUCAUGAUCCAACUGCCGCUAGAAAAGUUCAGAAGGCUGAUCGUGAGAAAAUCAGGAGGGAUCGAUUGAAUGAUCAGUUUCAUGAAUUGGGAAACACGUUAGAUCCUGAUAGACCGCGGAACGACAAAGCAACCAUCAUCUCAGAGACAAUACAAGUGUUGAAGGACAUAACUGCUGAAGUUGAUAAGCUGAAAACGGAACAUAAAGCAUUUUCUGAAGAGUCGCGCGAACUAAUCCAAGAAAAGAAUGAACUCCGAGAAGAGAAAGCGUCGUUAAAAUCUGAUAUAGAAAAUCUUAAUUCGCAGUAUCAGCAGAGAGUCAGAGUCAUGCCUCCAUGGACUGCAAUGGAUCAUUCUGUUGUCAUGAGUAGCCCUUAUCCAUAUCCAGUUCAUAUGCCAAUCCCUCCUGCUCCAGUUUCCAUUCACCCACAUAUGCAACCUUUUCCCUACUUUGGAAACCCGAAUGCUGGUCAUAUUCCAAGUAUGUGCUCAAUGUACAUUCCAUUCUCGGCUCCGGCUAACCCUCCAAUUGAGAUGCCAUCAGCUCAGUAUGCUUCUACAUCCCACAAGUUUAAUCGAAAAGAGUCGCGAAGCAAGUCACCAGGUCAUAAAAGACCUAGUGAUGCCAAAAGAUGUAGUGUGUCUCCUGAUGUGGCUACAGAACUUGAACUUAAGAUGCCUGGAUCAUCAACACAACAGGAUUCCACAUCUGGAGGGAGGAAGGGCAAGCAUUCGGUAAUGAGUGAUAGAAUCAUCAUAGAUGAGAGUUCUUCGAGCCGGUAUUCUCCAUCUCAAGGACCUCAAGAUAGCUUCGACAGCGUUGGACACACCUCAAAGGCUGUUGAUUGA